AGUUCAGCCUCUUGUCACAACCUUAGUUCAAGGGCAGAAGUGAGGUGAUAGAAAUGUUGUGUUUUAGCAACUCCUUUGCUCCAAAUCAAAGAACGGUGGAGGCUCCAGGGCCUGCAGCUCCUGCCCCUUUGUGACGGAAAAGGCCUGUCCAGAAGACCAAAGAGGCUGCUGUGUAAGAGGUGCCCUCUGUAACAGAAGAGUCUGCAAUGCAGCAUCUAUAAAAGAAGAGAUUGCUUCCAGCUUUUCACUUUGCCAUCUGCAGUGACUGCCUGGAGACUGUAUCUUGCCGGAAAGUGAGAAGAACCUUUUUUCAUAAGAUCUUAUGUGGACCAAACACAUUCUUUGGAAGAAAGAAGACAGGUGAACAGAUAGAAGACUCAAGCUGUGGGACUUUGAAGUUGGCCAGACAAAAUUGAAAAGAAUUUGCUAUGGCAUUGGCUUGGAAGAACACCCAAGAAUUCUACUACUGGGCCAUUGAAAAUGGAGAUCCAAGGACAGAUCCCUGGCCACUGGUUUACUCUCCAGUUCCAGUCAUUCUCAUCUUUAUUCUGUACCUCAUCAUUGUGGCAGUAGGGCCCCGUAUUAUGCAGCAGAGGAAGCCACUGAGGCUGAAGGGCUUCCUUGCGAUUUAUAACCUGUCAGUGGUGCUGCUGUCAGUGUAUAUGUUCUACGAGUUCCUGAUGACAUCACUCUUGGCCAACUACAGCUAUCUGUGCCAACCAGUGGACUACAGCUGGAGUGAUCUUGGAAUGCGGAUGGCAGGCGUGUGCUGGUGGUUCUUCUUUUCCAAAGUCAUUGAACUGCUUGACAAGGUUUUCUUUAUCUUGCGGAAAAAGAAUGAUCAAGUGACUUUUCUACAUGUCUACCAUCAUGGCACCAUGCUGUUCAACUGGUGGGCUGGUGUCAAAUAUGUGCCUGGAGGACAAGCCUUCUUUAUUGGGAUGGUAAACUCGUUUGUACAUAUCUUCGUCUACCUGUACUAUGGACUGGCUAGUCUAGGACCAAAAGUGCAAUCCUACUUAUGGUGGAAACGUUACCUCACUCUCCUGCAAUUGUUCCAAUUUAUGGCUAUCGCUGUCCACUCCUCCUACAACCUGUUUAGCGAGUGCCAAUUCCCAGAUGGAUUUAAUCUGGCUGUCUUCAUCUAUAUCCUCAGCCUUAUUGUUCUCUUCUUGAAUUUCUAUUACCGGACCUACAUAAGGAAGAAACAGAAGAAAACAGAUUAAAAGAAGUUACAUCAAGAUAUUCUGAGAGAGACUGUUGCUGGCUCUGGAAUUUUCCAGCAUCUUUGACUGCCUUUGUACCAACUCUUCCAAGAUGAAGUGCCUGGAAUGUAGUGAUGAAAAGGGAUUUGUGCUGUUUGUUGCGUGGUUGCCCUAUAGAUAUUUUCAUGGGAUUAAGAACAAAAGAAGGGGCAGUUGAGGAACUGAGCCUCUCCCCAUUGUUGGACACUCUUGAAACACACUCCUUGGAUUUCAUCUUUUGAUUCCUUUGACACAGACCGAGCUCCUAGUGUGUAGUCUUUCAAAUAAUAAAAAGCAGCAUUAUAUUUUCUAACUACCCCAUCUCUAAAUUAUCAUAAUUGCUUUGUCAGCAUGGUCCACCUAACCAAAGAUUUUUUUUCCAGUAGCUAUGAAUUACUUACGUCAGUUCACUGGAAUGGCGUAAGAGUGAUGACUUUCUUCUGUUGGAAUGAUUGCUUCAGACAUCUUGCUGUAGCACUGCUGAAACGAAACAAAUAUAGAUCUGAUCAGCAGCCUUGAUGAGUGACCUUGGAAACUGUCACGGAAUUUGUACAGAAGAGAUUUGUACCGAAAGAGUAGUAUGCUAGUUAAGGACAACCUAAGGUCAAUCCUGUACAUGUAUUUUAUUACUUCCAAAUGCAUGUACAUUGAUUGUAGAAAUUCUCUUUUUAAAUCCUAUAUUUAAAUGGCCAUUUGCCUGAAUAAAAAGAGUUUUAAAAUACUAA